CGGUCGCGAUCCGUCGUUCACAGAUGGCAAGCCCAAUUACCCUUACUCACCGUGCUCUCCUCAGAGCAGGUUCGAGCCGCGCAUUCUCAAGCGGCCGCGCCCUGUGCUCGUCUCCGCCUGCACAGGCUGUCUCUUCGUCACAACCUGCCUCCGACUCAGAGCCCCUCACUCACUUCCGCAUAACCCUACGGCGCUCCGCCAUCUCACUCCCGGACAAGAUACAAGACACAGUCGCGGCACUGGGUCUCAGGAGGCGGCAUCAAACAGUGUACCACCCGCAUUCACCGGAAACGGCCGGGAAAAUAUUGAAGAUCAAGGAGUUGGUCGAGGUGGAGAACGUACCUGCGAGCGCCGUGAAGGACGCCCGGGAGCAGAGACUGGAGAGGAAAGCGAGUAGAGGGUACACCGUGGAGGGCUCAAGCUUGGCGAAAUUCUGAGAAACCCUGAUUCGGAGGAAAGAGGGUAACAUAUGCAUGAGCCACAUCACCCAUAGUUUAUUCAUCUGCAAGGGAACCAUCUGGCCGACUUCCACUACUAUAUUUGCGGAGCUUAAUACAUGCAUCAAU